AUGCACACCGAAGCACCAGUCUGGGACCUCCGCCGCACAUACACCAAGAGUGGCAUUGCAGGGCUCUUGAGCUCCCGCUACGUCUUCCUGUGCGCCCUCUUCGCGACGCUGGGCGGUCUGCUGUUUGGCUAUGACCAAGGCGUUGUGUCGAUUACGCUCGUGAUGCCACAAUUUCUUCAAGAGUUUCCGGAGGUCUCGCAGGAGGCUGCCGGGUCUGGAUUUAAGAAAGGGUUGAUGACUGCUGUUCUGGAGCUGGGGGCUUUCAUUGGGGCGAUGAAUCCAGGGUGGAUCGCGGACAAGAUCUCGAGGAAGUGGAGCAUCUUGACGGCGGGAAUCAUCUUCCUCAUCGGCGCAGCCAUGCAAACCGGGGCCGUCUCAUACGGAAUGCUCACGGCUGCCCGUGCCAUCGGUGGUAUUGGGGUUGGGAUGCUUGCCAUGGUCGCACCGCUUUACAUUUCCGAGAUCGCUCCCCCUGAGAUCCGCGGCACACUCCUUGUACUUCAAGAGCUCUGCAUUGUCACCGGCAUUGUCAUCGCCUUCUACAUCACCUACGGUACUCGCCACAUCCAAAGCGAAUGGUCGUGGCGGCUGCCGUUCUUGAUCCAGAUGAUCCCCGCCGUGAUCAUGUGCGUAGGCGUCUGGUGGCUGCCAUACUCGCCUCGCUGGCUGUGUCAGCGUGGUCGCGACGACGAAGCUCUCGAAACGUUGGCGAAGAUCCGUCAGCUCCCUACAUCGGACGAGCGUGUCUUGCAGGAAUGGUUCGAGGUGCGAGCUGAGUGCGCCUACCGGCAGGAAAUGUCUGCGAACAGGCACCCGAAACUCAUGGAGCCUGGCAGGUGGAACGCCAUCAAGCUGCAGGUUUCACUCUACGUCGACUGCUGGAAGAUGCCGAUCUACAAGCGGACUCAGGUCGCUGUCGGUCUGAUGUUUUUCCAGCAGUUUGUGGGCAUCAACGCACUCAUCUAUUACUCGCCUACCUUAUUCGCAACCAUGGGUCUUGACUAUGAGAUGCAGUUGACCAUGUCAGGCGUGCUGAACAUCUGCCAAAUGGUUGCCUGCAUCUGGUCGCUGUGGGGAAUGGAUCGAUUCGGACGGCGAAAGCUGCUGCUUGGAGGUGGAGUCUGCAUGUUCCUCGCCCACCUCAUCAUCUCCAUCUUGGUCGGCAAGUUCAAUGGCAAGUGGACUGAGAACUCUGGUGCGGGCUGGGCGAGCGUCGCCUUCCUACUGUUUUUCAUGUUGACGUUCGGAGCGACAUGGGGUCCCAUUCCAUGGGCGAUGCCCGCUGAGAUCUUCCCGUCGUCGCCGAGGGCGAAAGUGUGUGCUUACGGGACCAUGUCGAAUUGGGGCAACAACUUCAUCAUUGGCCUGAUCACGCCUCCAAUGAUCCAGAAUAUCGGCUUCGGCACAUACGUCUUCUUCUGCGCAUUCUGCGGCAUCGCCCUCGUCUGGGUCUACUUCCUUGUGCCAGAGACCAAUGGUCGGACGUUGGAGCAGAUGGAUUCGGUAUUCAAAGACAAGACCACGGCAGAGGAAGCCCAGCGGCGAGCUGCGAUUGAGGCUUCGUUAUGGGAGUCCCGCCGAGGUCCACAUGGGCAGGUCAAAGUUGAGGCCUGA